AUGUCCAGCAUCUACAACCAUCCGAACAUUUCCACAGGUUCAGGCAUCAACUCUGGUGGUACCUACAGAUAUAGAGACGAUUCAAUUGGUCAGACCUCUGCAGUUGGAGUCAACCGGAGCAGCUCAAGAGCGGCUGCAGUUGCACUGCAGGCUGGUAUGCCGACCCGGGUGACAAGUCAAAGCUACAGGGCACCGCAAUCGAACUCUAUUGCUAGCGGAGCAGUUCCUCCACGAAGACCAUCGAGACGGGUCCCGGAAGGUCAGCUGCCACUAUCAGGUUCAUCCUACGGCCUCGAGGGUGGGACUAUCUCGAGCACCGAGGACUGGAAAGAUAGGGGGGCUGCAAUCAGAGUACAACAAGAUGUUGACGCAAAUGGCAAGCCGAUCUCAAGAGUAGUGAAAAAGGGCAUCCAAGAUUUCCAACUCGGUAGAACGUUAGGAGAGGGCUCAUACAGCACAGUGUUUGCUGCAACAGAUCGAUCUUCUGGGCGAGAAUUUGCUAUCAAGGUUCUAGACAAGCGACAUAUCAUAAAAGAGAAAAAAGUGAAAUAUGUUAAUAUCGAGAGGGACACCUUGAAUCGACUGACAGAGCACCCUGGUGUCGUUCGACUCUACUUCACAUUUCAAGAUGAACGAUCGCUUUACUUUGUACUCGGCAUGGCAAAUGGUGGCGAACUACUUGGAUUUCUGAAGAAGACCGGAACGUUUAAUGAAGAGUGUACAAGGUUUUAUGGUGCGCAAAUUUUGGAUACGAUCGAUUAUAUACACACAAGAGGCGUCAUACAUCGAGAUUUGAAGCCGGAGAAUGUCCUCCUGGACGAGCAAAUGCACGUCAAGAUCACAGAUUUUGGUACUGCGAAACUUCUUGAUAUGAAGAAACCCUAUGGAGGCACUGGGGUGACCUCUGGCGAUCCCCUAGAUGGCGCGGAUAUCGAUCGAGCGGUGUCCUUUGUUGGAACGGCGGAAUAUGUAAGCCCUGAGCUACUGACGGAGAAGAAUGCUUGCAAGGCUAGCGACUUGUGGGCGUUUGGGUGCAUGAUAUAUCAGCUAUUGACGGGUCGGCCGCCAUUCAAGGCAGCGAACGAAUAUUUGACUUUCCAAAAAAUAGUAGGCCUGGAUUACACGUUCCCGGAGGGAUUCCCUCCGUUAGCGCGCGACCUGGUAGAAAGACUUCUCGUCCUUGAUCCGGCUCGAAGGUUACCCAUUGAGCACAUCAAGAACCACCAAUUCUUCGAUGGCAUCAACUGGGGUAUCGGUCUUUGGAAGGAACGCGCUCCUCAACUCAAGCCAUAUAACCCAUCUGCACCAGACGUCUUCCAAACCCAAUCUGGUAUUAUCUCUGGUGGCCUAUUCUCUCGAGCUUCAGCUGUACAGCCUCAUGCUACAGCAGGCCCUUCCACGAUCAGCCCAGCCGUCAGUAGUGCUCCUUUACGACCCCACGCCCCAGCAAGACUGAUCACAGAACUGCCACCGCCGAGUCAGUUGGACAUCGAAUGGUCGCCAGUACUCACCAAAACGAAUGAAAGGAUUUUGAAGCUUGGAAAUCUCACUGUAACAUCAAGUGCUGGACCUCAUUCUCCAACUGGAAAGACAGCCGAAUCCGAAACGCCGAAAAAGUUCUCUAGAUUCUUUGGGGGCAGCUCACAAAAGAAAAGACAAAGACUGGUCAUGGUGACAUCUAGUGCAAGAGUCGUUCUGGUCCCAGCUGGCGGAGAGGAAAAGAAAAUGAAGCAGGAGGUCUCACUCUUGACACCGGGUACCACUUACAAAAAAUACCAAGAUGCUCGAGGUUUGACCUGUUGGUGUGUUGAAACACGUGACAAACACAUCGUUUUUGAAGAUCCUAAAGCCACUACAAGCGAUCCCGACGGCAGUGCAUUCUCGUGCCAGGAAUGGAUGGAUGUCAUAGAACGAGCCAAGGAAUUCGCAAUGCAACAACAUAAUGCCAACUCUUAUUCUGUGGAAUCGUUCAACGAUAUGGGCUCAGUAAUUUCCAGUCCGUCUGGCAGUUUAGGAGCGGAUGCCGCUCUGGAAGGCGUAGAUGUCCCCCGAAAUCGAUAUCUUUUGAAGGAUCACGGAGACAACGAUUCUGUCAAGAAGAAGAACCGUUUCAGCAAACGAGUCUCUAAGAAUGGACUAGCAGCUGUCUUCUGA